AUGAAUUCAACCGAGGUUCGCCAGCGCAAACCCCCCACCAAAGAAGCAACCGAGCUUCAAAAACAGUCCACCAAACCCCCCACAGAGCCUCGUUUGAAACAUGGCAUUGUGAUGCAACUACUCCGAUCCUUAGCUUUGGCAACAUGGUUCAACAGCUGCAUCAUAGUCAUCUUCAUAACCCAGCUUGCUGGCUGUCCGCUAUACCUGAUCAACAAAAGCUGGUACUACUCGUAUAUGGCAUAUACAAAACAAAACUUUGGACUGGUCAUUACCGCACUCACAGAAUGGGGCACCCCCACGUUGUUCCGAAUUAGUGGAGAUGCCAGUGUGCGAGGUCAGCUUCAUUUAUCUGAAGAUGGCAUGUUGAAGGCCGACUUCCCGGAUCGCUUAGUGAUGAUCGCGAACCACCAAAUUUAUACAGACUGGGUAUACUUGUGGUGGUUUGCCUACACCAAUGUGAUGCAUGGCCGUAUCUUUAUUAUCCUCAAAGACUCCCUCAAGUGGAUCCCUGUUGUGGGUCAGGGAAUGAUGUUUUAUGGUUUCAUUUUUCUGGCGCGAAAGUGGCUGUCAGACAAGGCCAGAAUCCAGUAUCGCCUCCAAAAGUUAAAGACGAAAUACACGGGGACCAAUACAAAUGGGACCCAGUAUGAUCCCAUGUGGUUGCUGAUAUUUCCCGAGGGUACCAAUCUGUCCAUCAACACCAAGCGGCGGAGUGAUGCAUUUGGAGAGAAGCAAGGUCUACCCUCAUUCAAUCACCAAAUCCUUCCACGAUCGACGGGCCUGUUUUUCUGUCUUCAACAGCUACGAGGGACCGUAGACUGGGUUUAUGACAGCACUAUCGCCUACGAGGGUCCACCAAAUGGUGUCUAUCCUGACAAGUACUUUACUCUCCGGUCUACAUUCCUACAGGGACGCCCCCCGACCUCGGUAAACAUGCAUUGGCGGAGGUUCUCUGUCUCAGAAAUUCCAUUGGAUGAUCAGUCUGAGUUUGAAGAAUGGUUGCGAGCUCGGUGGGCUGAAAAAGAUCAACUGUUGGAUCAAUAUUGGGAAACGGGUCGAUUCCCCUCUGAGCUGGCUGGCUCGAUCGACGCUAAAAACGCCACUCCUGGACAGAAAGUAGCUCUCGAUGCUGGUUAUGUGGAGUCUCAUGUUAGACUGCAUCACUGGAUUGAGCUUGGUCAACUAUUUGUCGUCUUGGGUGGCUUGGUGUUUUUGUACAAGUUUGUGGGUAAUUGGUUGCACUGA